GCGUGCCGCGGUAGUUUGGGCGCGCGGGGCUGCCGUCGGAGCAUGGCGUUGGGCUCGGAGGCGCUGCGGGAGCGGCCGGUGCAGCUGGCGCUGGCGCUGGCCUUCGCCUCGGGCGUGCUGGUGGGCUGGCAGGCCCACCGCGUGCGCCGGCGCUUCCUGGCCUGGAGGAAGCGGCGGCUGCAGGGGCUGCUGGAGGCCACGCAGAAGAAGCUGGACGUGGCCUGAGCGGCGCGCGGCGGGGCCGUGACCUUGGGCGGCGCGGCUCUGGCUGGGGGCGGGGCCCCGGGGCGGCCCGGACUGUGUCCCCCCCCCCCCCCCCCCGGGCCUCAGCCGUGUCACAGCCCGAGCCUGGGCCGGGAUUUACCGCCAGCGGCUAAGUCGUGUGUAAAGCCCUGCCUCAGCCUUAUACAGAUGAAAGCUGACAACUGAAUGAAAAUAAAUGGACUCCUGCUGCAUUUGUGUCUAAACACAGUUUAAAAGAUGGACUUUAAAAACAAAUGUUUUGAUAAGCAACCAUAUUCUAAAAAGGAAGGCAUCUGUGGUAUCAUACAAUCUCAUUUGCCCACACUGACAUCAGCAAAGCUUAUCUUCAUAUGUAUCAGAAUAACCUAUCCACCAAAAUGUUAUGGGAUGAGCUUAAUUAAUUCAUAUGUGUUAUGACUGUGCAAACCUGUCACAUUGUUUUUAAGGGAUGUUUGUGUCUGUUUUGCUUUGUGACUCUUAAGGCUCGCCCUGAGCUACAUUUGACCCUUACAUUUUAAUAAAUUAAACUAAAAAUGA